AGACACUACGAUAUUUUCUUUUUUUGGCACAUUACACGGUUUAUGUGUGAUCGGGUCCCACACUUCUGUGCUCGGGUGAUCGGGUCCCACACUUCUGUGCUCGGCUUGCGAGGACGACAAAUUCGACGAUGCCUUGUGUAAGGUGAGCUUGACACCUAAUUUAAUCUGUGGGAUUUUAAAAAUGGAUUAACAUUUGGAAAAGGUGUAAAACAUAAUAGAUGUCUAAUAAAAUAUAUAAAAAAAAAUAAUUUUUUUUGGAUAUCAAAAUUAAAAGGAAGUGGUUCCCUGUGACUUAAUCUAGUUUCAUUUAAUAUACAUAUAUAUAUAUAAACCUCUGUUAUUCUUUUUUUUUUUCUAACAAAGAAGAAAGUGAUGCACACUAAUCGAAUGAGGUUUAACAAAGUGAAAAAAAUGUUCUAUGCCUAUAACGAUGAUUGCAAUUUUGCGGUAUAUAUUAUGGCUGCAUCUCAUAUAGUAUACAUUGUGUCUGCAUCUCAUUUAGUAUGCAUAUGUCUGCCUCUCAUUCAAUAUACAUUAUGUCACCUCAAAUUCAGUAUAAAUUAUGUCUGCCUCUAUGUAGUAAACAUUAUUUAUGCCUCUCAUUCAGUAUACAUUAUGUCUGUCUCUCCUUGAGUUUUAAAUUAUGUCUGCCUUUCCUUAGUAUUCAAUAUUUCUGCCUCCGAUAAGAUAUAUAGAAUGAUCGAGAGAUAGAUCGAUAGAUAACCGAUGGAUUAUCGAUACGAUAAAUAGAUCGAUAAACAGAUAGAUAUAGACAGAUAGAUAUAAAGAGAGAUAGAUAGACAGAUAGAUAGUUAGAUAGAUAGAUGGAUGGAUGGAUGGAUAGAUAGAUAGAUAGACAGAUAGAUAGAUAGAUAGAUAGAUAGAUAGAUAGAUAGACAGACAGACAGACAGACAGAUAGACAGACAGACAGACAUAUAGAUAGAUAGAUAGAUAGAUAGAUAGAUAGAUAGAUAGACAGAUAGAUAGAUAGAUAGAUAGAUAGAUAGAUAGAUAGAUAGAUAGAUAGAUAGAUAGAUAGAUAGAUAGAUAGAUAGAUAGAUAGAUAGAUAGAUAGAAAGAUAGAUAGAUAGAUAGAUAGAUAGAUAGAUAGAUAGAUAGAUAGAUAGAUAGAUAGAUAGAUAGAUAGAUAGAUAGAUAGAUUUUUCAAAAUCAAUUACGUUCAAUUUGUUAAUGGAGAAUUCCAGAUUUACUGAUUGCAAUACUUAAACAAACAACCACCUUUAUUUGUGUUUAAAGUUUUAUUUAAUCCACGAAUCCUAAUGACGUAUUUAAAAAAAAAACUUUUACCUGCGAGUUCUAUUUAAUAACUUCUGUGAUGGCUAUCUCCCCCCCUCCCAUUUACCUCCCUUAAGCAUGUCGACCCCCAAACCCCCUCUCUUGCCCUUACCUUUUUACACAGUCAGUAACAAAUAUCUGGCCACGUGUCAUUGAUAAGACCUGUCAAGUUUUGCAGAAAUUAUCCGAAUUCAAAGAAAGACGUUACCAUUGGCUGACAGACAUUUAUGACCAGUUGUGUAGCUAGGGGUGUUGUCACCCUGUGCGGUAAACUCAUGUUGUCAUCCUGUGCGGUAAACUCACGGUGUCACCCUGUGCGGUAAACUCAUGGUGUCACCCUGUGCGUUAAACUCAUGGUGUCAUCCUGUGUGGUAAACUCAUUGUGUAACCCUGUGCGAUAGACUUACGGUGUCACCCUAUGCGGUAAAAUUAUGGUGUCCCCUGUGCGGUAGACUCAUGGUGUGACCCUGGGCUGUAAACUCACGGUGUCACCCUGUGCUGUAAACUCAUGGUGUCACCCUGUGCGUUAAACUCAUAGUGUCAUCCUGUUCGGUAAACUCAUUGUGUAACCCUGUGCGGUAGACUCAUAGUGUCACCCUAUGCGGUAAACUUAUGGUGUCCCCUGUGCGGUAGACUCAUGGUGUGACCCUGGGCUGUAAACUCACGGUGUCACCUUGUGCUGUAAACUCAUGGUGUCCCCUGUGCGGUAGACUCAUGGUGUGACCCUGGGCUGUAAACUCACGGUGUCACCUUGUGCUGUAAACUCAUGGUUUCACCCUGUGCGGUAAACUUAAUGUGUCCCCUGUGCGGUAGACUCAUGGUGUCACCCUGUGCGUUAAACUCACGGUGUCACCCUGUGCGGUAAACUCAUGGUGUCACCCUGUGCGGUAAACUCAUGGUGUCACCCUGUGCGGUAAACUCAUUGUGUAACCCUGUGCGGUAGACUCACGGUGUCACCCGGUGCGGUAAUCCUGUGCGGUAGACUCAUGGUGUCACCCUGGGCUGUAAACUCACGGUGUCACCUUGUGCUGUAAACUCAUGGUUUCACCCUGUGCGGUAAACUUAAUGUGUACCCUGUGCGGUAGACUCAUGGUGUCACCCUGUGCGUUAAACUCACGGUGUCACCCUGUGCGGUAAACUCAUGGUGUCACCCUGUGCGUUAAACUAAUGGUGUCAUCCUGUGCGGUAAACUCAUUGUGUAACCCUGUGCGGUAGACUCACGGUGUCACCCUAUGCGGUAAACUUAUGGUGUCACCCUGUGCGGUAGACUCAUGGUGUGACCCUGGGCUGUAAACUCAUGGUGUCACCCUGUGCGGUAGACUCACGGUGUCACCCUGUGCAGUAAACUCACGGUGUCACCCUGUGCGGUAGACUCACGGUGUCACCCUGUGCGGUAGACUCAUGGUGUCCCCCUGUGCGGUAGACUCACUGUGUCACCCUGUGCGGUAAACUCAUGGUGUCACCCUGUGCGGUAGACUCACGGGAUCACCCUGUGCGGUAGACUCACGGUGUCACCCUGUGCGGUAAACUCAUGGUGUCAAACCUCUUCCCAAAACUUCUAAUCGAUUUCUUCUUGUCAAAAUACGUCUCCGGUAUAACACUGAAAAGAACAACAAAUAAAUAAAUCAUGUAUUUAAGGACCGUAACAACGAUUAGAUAUAGCUACUUUUACAUUAAAUUUACUUAAUUUUGAAGUAUGUUCCUUUCGUGGUCUUCAAGGCUACAAACUUGUCAAUCACUUUAUCAAAAUGCAUAUGCUUCACCACAUCACAUUCAAUUGAUAAUAGAGCAAGAUCAGAAAGCCGUGACUGUCCCCUAGUGGAUCGCUAAUAGUUCUUGAUAGGACCUUAGUUUUGAAAAUCUCCGCUCACAUGAAGCCACACAAACUCACAUUGUAAAAACCAAUUAAAGGCAUAGUGAGAGCAUUGGAAGAGUUUCUAGGAAAUCCCAUUCAGCUAUAAAUCUCAAAACAUCAAAUACUUACCUGUCCAUGAAUGUGUGAUAUUCAACAUUUGCUGCCUUAUAUGUCUUCUUAGUCGCGUAUAUUUUUUUUUUCUUUUAAAAGUUCAUCUUCUGAUAAUUCAUUAUUGGAAAGACGUUAAUUUCGGAACGGGCACCAUUAAAUCUUCUUCACUUGCUGGUAGUUAAUUCUUGGGGUUGGCUAGUGACCGGGUUUUCUGACCUAAGUGUGACAAAGGUGUGAGGAACACAUUUUGUUAACUCCAAAAUGUUCACGUCAGUUAGGCAAGAUCGUUUUCACAGUCCAUCAAUUUGUGGGAAUGAAAACUUUAGUGGAGCUAAACAUAGUAUUGGAAAUGAACAAUUUUGUGGAGAUGAACAAUAUAGUGGAGAUGUACACAGUAUAGGAGAUGAACAAUGUAGGGGCUGUGAGAAAUGUAGUGGAAAUAAACUAGGUUUAGGAGAUAAACAAUGAAGUGGGGAUGAACAAUAUAGUUGAGAUGAACAAUAUAGUGGAGAUGAACAAUAUAGUGGAGAUGAACAAAAUAGUGGAGGUGAUCAAUAUAGUGGAGAUGAACAAUAUUGUGGAGAUGCACAAAUAGUGGAGAUGAUCUAUUUAGUGGAGAUGAACAAUAUAGUGGGGAUAAACAAAACAGUUGAGAUGAUCAAUAUAAUGGAGAUGAACAAUAUAGUGAAGAUGAACAAUAUAGUGAAGAUGAACAAUAUAGUGAAGAUGAACAAUAUAGUGAAGAUGAACAAUAUAGUGGAGACGAACACUAUAGGGGAGACGAACAAUAUAGUGAAGAUGAACAAUAUAGUGAAGAUGAACAAUAAAGUGAAGAUGAACAAUAUAGUGAAGAUGAAAAAUAUAGUGGAGAUGAACAAAAUAGUGAAGAUGAACAAUAUAGUGGAGAUGAACAAUAUAGUGGAGAUGAAAAAUAUAGUGGAGAUGAACAAUAUAGUGGGGAUGAACAAUAUAGUGAAGAUGAAAAAUAUAGUGAAGAUGAACAAUAUAGUGAAGAUGAACAAUAUAGUGGAGACGAACACUAUAGGGGAGACGAACAAUAUAGUGAAGAUGAACAAUAUAGUGAAGAUGAACAAUAAAGUGGAGAUGAACAAUAUUGUUGAGAUGAACAAUAUAGUGAAGAUGAACAAUAUAGUGAAGAUGAACAAUAUAGUUGAGAUGAACAAUAUAGUGAAUAUGAACAAUAUAGUGAAGAUGAACAAUAUAGUGAAGAUGAACAAUAUAGUGGAGAUGAACAAAAUAGUGAAGAUGAACAAUAUAGUGGAGAUGAACAGUAUAGGGGAGACGAACAAUAUAGUUGAGACGAACAAUAUGCUGAAGAUGAACAAUAUAGUGAAGAUGAACAAUAUAGUUGAGAUGAACAAAUAUAGUGCAGAUGACUAAUGUAUUGUCGAUGAACAAUGUAGUGGAGAUUAACAAAGUAGUUUAGAUGAACAACGUAUUGGCCAUGACCGAUGAACGAUGUAGUGGAGAUGAUCAAGGACUUGGAGAUGAACAAUGCAAAAGUAAAAAUCUAUGGGAGGGGGGCCAUAUAAACAAUGUAGGGGAGAUGAACAACGUAAUGGAGGAAAGCAAUGUAAGGGAGACAAGCAAAUGAAGCGAAAAAAAAAUCAAAUCAGCGCAUAAAAGUAACAUUGCUUGUAACAAGUCCGGAUUAACUUCCGGUAAGACAACCUGGUUUUAAAGUCAGAAAAGCCAAACGAAGCGCAAACAACCGUAACUCUGUCGUACAUCUUCACACUAAAACUUUGAACAUUUUCUUCGAUUCCUUGCCUUUUUUAAAUUAUAUAUAUAUAUAUAUAUAUAUAUAUGUAUAUAUAUAUAUAUAUAUAUAUGUUUCUUUUUAAAUUUAUGUUUUAUAAAUUUUCGCCGUUUAAAAAUGUUUUUUAAAAUUUCAUUUCUUUUUAAAAACUUUUGCACAAACGUAUCUUGAACUUAUAAGCGUCUGCUUUCAAUACGACGNCGACGAAUCUCACGAAUGCUUUCAAUACGACGAAUCUCACGAAUGCUUUCAAUACGACGAAUCUCACGAAUGCUUUCAAUACGACGAAUCUCACGAAUGCUUUCAAUACGACGAAUCUCACGAAUGCUUUCAAUACGACGAAUCUCACGAAUGCUUUCAAUACGACGAAUCUCACGAAUGCUUUCAAUACGACGAAUCUCACGAAUGCUUUCAAUACGACGAAUCUCACGAAUGCUUUCAAUACGACGAAUCUCACGAAUGCUUUCAAUACGACGAAUCUCACGAAUGCUUUCAAUACGACGAAUCUCACGAAUGCUUUCAAUACGACGAAUCUCACGAAUGCUUUCAAUACGACGAAUCUCAUGAAUGCUUUCAAUACGACGAAUCUCACGCUUUCAAUACGACGAAUCUCAUGAAGGCUUUCAAUACGACGAAUCUCAUGAAGGCUUUCAAUACGACGAAUCUCACGAAGGCUUUCAAUACGACGAAUCUCACGAAUGCUUUCAAUACGACGAAUCUCACGAAUGCUUUCAAUACGACGAAUCUCACUAAUGCUUUCAAUACGACGAAUCUCACGAAUGCUUUCAAUACGACGAAUCUCACGAAUGCUUUCAAUACGACGAAUCUCUGGAAGGCUUUCAAUACGACGAUCUCACGAAGGCUUUCAAUUAACGAAUGCUUAGCUCACCAGAUCGAAUUUGCGUCAAUUGUUUUUGUUGUUGUAUGACCGCACUAUCUUGUGCUUGGUUUCUUGGUUUGUUGGUUUGUUUGUUGUAUGACCGCACUAUCUUGUGCUUGGUUUCUUGGUUUCUUGGUUUGUUGGUUUGUUUGUUGUAUGACCACACUAUCUUGUGCUUGGUUUCUUGGUUUGUUGUUUUUUUUGUUGUAUGACCGCACUAUCUUGUGCUUGGUUUCUUGGUUUGUUGGUUUGUUUGUUGUAUGACCGCACUAUCUUGUGCUUGGUUUCUUGGUUUGUUUGUUUGUUUGUUGUAUGACCGCACUAUCUUGUGCUUGGUUUCUUGGUUUGUUGGUUUGUUUGUUGUAUGACCGCACUAUCUUGUGCUUGAUUUCUUGGUUUGUUGGUUUGUUUGUUGUAUGACCGCACUAUCUUGUGCUUGGUUUCUUGGUUUGUUGGUUUGUUUGUUGUAUGACCGCACUAUCUUGUGCUUGGUUUCUUGGUUUGUUGGUUUGUUUGUUGUAUGACCGCACUAUCUUGUGCUUGGUUUCUUGGUUUGUUGGUUUGUUUGUUGUAUGACCGCACUAUCUUGUGCUUUGUUUCUUGGUUUGUUGGUUUGUUUGUUGUAUGACCGCACUAUCUUGUGCUUGGUUUCUUGGUUUGUUUGUUUGUAUGUUGUUGGUUUUUGUUGUUUUUUUGGGAGGGGGUGGAGUGGACAAAAAAAAUAAAUUUGAUGGAAUUGUAAUUUGAAAGCUUCAAACAAGGCUUCAAACAAACAAAGAAACGCAUCACAUGUCGGACCGAAAAAGUGAUCGUGUGAACUGAGAAAAUUUACGUCUGAUCUUACUUAAAACAAUAUAUUAUACAAAUAUUAGUCAUUUUCCCCAUAAAAAAUAGACCAGUUUUCGUCUCACCACAACCCAUGAGCUUGACUCGUCUAAGAUGUCCUUUCUCGUGUUGUAGGUCAAGCCUCAGGGAAUGUCUUGCCUGGCGGUUAAGAUCGGGACUGCUCAAGAUGACGGGAGCGGUCGCAUGUUUAAUAGUACUCUACAUGUCUGCCCUGACCACGUAAGUCAAAGACGGGGGUUAGCGUAUUCCGUUCAAAAUGUUGAUCUUGGGCCUCGACGGUUUUAUCCGUUUGUUUUCUGUUAUGUAAUUGCACCCCUAUGCUCUACACAUAUGUCGUGAGUUUAAACAACUUCAAAAGGAAAUUAAAAAGAAAACAAAAAAACUCAAUUCCUUUGACAGGGAAUGGCGGCUAAUCAUGCGAUAAGCAAUACUUAUUGUUUAAUUGGCUGCAUAAUUUCUGAGACUUUAAAAAAAAAAUGUUUUUAAAUAUUUUCAAACAUGCUUUCACUAGCUUAAACAGCAUCGAUGAAUCACAGGCCAAUACAGGGCCUUUCUACUUGACGACGAUCUUUCAGAGUCGCCUAGGCAACCAUUUGUUUAUUUACGCGUCAUUGCUUGGACUAGCCAGGGCGCAGAACAGAACCCCAUUCAUACCUUCAGGGACGUACCUGGACAACGUUUUCCAGAUCUCCCAUGUCGAUGACAGCAUCAGCGCAGAAGGGUGAGAAUGGCUUUUUACUUUUCUCGCCUUCAACAAAAAUGAAAUUAGUAGUAAAUGAGAUUUUCAUAAUCGUUCGGUAAAGAUGAAUUCGUUCAACGCAAUCUGUGAUUGGAGUUUAAUCUUCUUCAGUUAGAGAGUUAUUGCAUACAAGGUAACACUAUCAGUCUUGUGGAAUCUAUUUGUACUAACAGUAUUUAGUAAAUACAUUAUCUUAUCAUAAACUGUUUAUGGCAUAUAAGAGAACUCAGUAUAAAAAUAACACCUUUUUCAUUAUUAAGGUGAGAGAGUCAUGGUAUUUUAACACAGUAAAUUUACUGUCACUCUUUUGUGUUUAUUGACGGUUCGACAUUAAUUUUUCUUUUAAAAAUUCUGAACUGACUACAUUACAACCAUUAUAAUCGAGUCAUUUUUUAUUAAGUCUUUAAAACGUUUAAGAAUUUUGAGAAUAUAUUUUUUUUUAUUUGAACAUCACGGUGUACCAUAAAUCCGAUACAUCUGAUGAAUCAGCCUGAAGAAAACAUAAAUGUGUCGAUAUCUUAUCCACGCUCUUAAUCUAUAUCAUAACUUAUCAUUUAAAAAUAAUUUUUUUUUUUUAAAAUUUCAAUACGCUAAUAAAGACUUAGCAGAAUAGUCGAUGCAAAUGCGUACCGAGAAUGGCCCUAUUGGCAGACUUUCUCAGAUCUUCCCAGGAAUAUGUGUGCUAGUCAGUUUACACUACUCAGAUGUGGUGAGACGAUUAAAUGAACAAAAAAUAGUCCCGUGUUUAAGCAAUAAAAAAAUAUGAUGAACAGACAAACAACCAAACAUACAAACAGACAAAGAAACAUACCAACAGACAAACCGACAAGUUUGAAAUGCGUGUAAAAAAAGAAGGACUUAAAGAAUAAAAAUAAAUUAAAAUUCUGAUUUUCACCGUCAUCCUCCGCUGCUCUCCAAUGUAAUACAUUCUUGACCACUAUCCCACAGAUUCCGCCUGAUGAGGCACACAACUUUUGGCGUCGUGUACCCCAGUCUGUGGAAUCUGCCAAGGGAAAACAUAACAUUGCACGGGCCACGGGAAGUCUUUCGCUAUUUCGAGAACAUCGAGGACGAGGUUAGGCGAGAGUUCACCUUCUGCGCGCCUCUACAGAGACAGAUCAAUGAGACGUUGGGCAAGGUCAGAGCAGAGUUCAAAGGUCAUGUUAUCGUGGGAGUACACGUCAGACGGGGUGAUUUCCUAAUAGACUUUAAUAAAAAACUUGGAUUUGGCGUCCCGAAGGUGUCGUAUUUCAUAAACGCAUUUCACAGAAUGAGGUCAAUGCUGAAAGGUAGGAAGGUCACAUUCUUGACGGCAAGCGAUGACCUCGAAUGGUGUCACGAAAAUUUAAAUUUUACAGACGUCAAAAUACUGGAGCCCGGUUCAGCCGAGCUGCACUUUGGUGUCCUAGCCAAUUGUGAUCACGUGAUAUUAUCCAGCGGAACCUACGGCUGGUGGGCGGCCUGGCUGGCUGAUGGUAUUUCCAUUUACUACGACGGGUAUUUCAGCAAUGGAUCUCGCAUGAGGUCGGACGUUAACUUAUCAGACUAUUAUCCACCACGAUGGAUAGCUGUCGGAGACUGACCGACCUCAGCGAACAAAAUAUCAAACAUACCUCAAAAGUAUUUAUUAUUUAAUUGGUGAAAGGAUUCAGAUCUAUUAUUUUUUUAAAAACAAUUAAUGAUUUCGGUCCAUUGCAUAUAUAUUGCACACACUGUUCUUUUCCAUUACAUAUAAUUGUGUAUAAUUAUAAUUUGUGCAUAAAAUAUGCUGAUAUACAUUUUUUUAAUCAAAUAUUUAUAGGUUUUCUUUUUAAAUGUGUUAUUUGGUUAUGUGUCCACGUCAGUGCGUCAUACUGAAUGCUGUGCGCGGUCGAGCUCGACCGUCAGCUUUUGUCGAAUUGCCCAAAACGAUAAGGUUUUCCUUGGGUUAUAUACGUUUCAAAGGAUGCAUGUUACAAAAUGCAAGUAUGACUUCGUAUAUUUAUAGGUGUGUCAUAAGCAGCUCUCUUUAACAGAAUACAUUUGUCUUAAUAUGGUCAGCUCUUGUGUGGUGUGUUCAAUGUGGUGUGUUUAUGUGGAGUUUCGUAUGUGGUAUGUGGCAUCUUCUAAGUGAUGUGACAUUUGCUAAAUGGGAAAGGCGUAAAAGAAUGUAACGUCAAAGCAACAGAAUAACGAACGUGUCGGCAGGAAGCCUUCGUCAGCGAACGAACAGGCAGGAGAAACAGAAUAAAAUGUUCAAAAUAGCACUUAGCUGAGAAGUAGUAUCCGUGAGGGCAGCACAAGAAUUGUCACAGAAAAUAAUUACAUGAGAGAUUAAAUGGGGGGAAGAGGAAAAGAAAAGAGGGGGAAAGAAAAGAUUUACAGACAAAUGUAACGUUUUAAAGGAUGUCUUUUUAAAAAGAGUUAUUCACAGAUGUCUAUUACCUCUUGCGCAAUUAAUUUUUUUUUUAAAUUUCCAUUCCAAAAAGAGGCCAUUUUGGAUUAUCCCUGACACCGAGUCUUUACAAAAACCACUCAGAAAAAUGAAGUUAAUAGUACACAUUUAUCCCCUUAAAAUCCGAA